AUGUCCACUAACUCGUCAUAUAGUAGGAAGCCGGGUGGAGGCGUGCCGCUCCAUGCCAAGCCGGCCGAGGACUCUAAUGAAUCUAGCGAAGAAGGUAAAAGCUCCGCAUCUAUCAGCGAGGAGGAAUCGCAGCUACUCAGUGCUUCCAACUCGUUCGCCGCAAAUGCCGGCCCGCAGCCUCCGAUCCCACAGUCUGUGCCGCCUAUGAGCUACCGUUACGGUGGAGGUGUUGCGUUCCCGCCCACGGGCGCACAGAAACAAUCCACAGGCACUCAGCCAGUGAGUCGCUAUCGAGAUUCGUUCUCGAGCAAUACUUCUAGUGCCUUUGCUAGCAGUGCCGCGUUUCAAUCGGGCGAUGCUAGAGUCGCAGACGAAGAUAACCACGACACCUACACACAAGCCAUUCGUGACAAGACUGCGGCUACGAACAAUAUUAGGCAAUUGCAAAGGGAGCUAGGGCAAGCCCUUAGCAAAGAAGAUUCUUUCACUAAAGAGCUAAAGGAUUUGAGGGCUUGUGUUGAUAAGUUAGAGACUGAAAAUGCCGAGCUCAAGACCAAACUCAAGACCGUUCAUGAUCACUAUUCUAUGAUGAUUGAUAAAUGGUCUGCUCUUGAGGAGAAGCAAGGAAAGAUACUGCAGGGUUAUCAAGAACAGGUCAAAGACUUGCAAUCUCGAAACACCCAGCUUGCCCAAGCCGGUAAAGUCAAGUCUGAGCAGGGUUUGGCUCUUGUGAAAAGCUCGCCGCGAUCUACUCCAGAUGACGAGCGCAAGAGUGGUUUGGAUAAAAACACAUAUGCGGAGCUGCAGAAGAUGCUGAUUGAAAAGCAUGGAACACAGACAGAUGGUGAUGAUGCUACAGGCCAGUCGAGUUUCAAACCGAACCCUACGGCACCAUCGUGGGAUCCUCGUGGCAAAUCGACCGAAUCUCAUGGUUAUCUAAACGUUCCGUCUGCGACCUCCGCUACUGCUCGAAAGGGCUCUCCCGUUGGUGGUCCUUCUAACUGGCCUGCCCUUAUAAACUCCAAUGGUUCAGGAAGCGGAUCUAACAAUGGCGCUUCUCAAAAGCAACUCGUACGCCCUCCCAGUGGUGAAAAACAGGUCUCCUUUGCUGCAUUUCCUCGCCAUAAGGACGAAUGGUCUAUGGCCGACAUCCAGAACGGGCUCGAUCAUAUAUUCGGGCUUACUAAAGGAUAUAUCGUCAGAUGCCAUUCGAAGCCGGGAGAACAGCCCAAAGUAGCUGAUAUGAUGUUGGAGAAAAGAGAGGCAACUACAUGGAACUACCUUCUUAGCCUGGUCUACUCGAACCGUUCCCAGGCGAAGAACCAUAUGCUUUACCUCCUCGGUGUCCCAUCCUACAGGCCGUAUAUCAUCAUGCGUGUUGCACUGGAUUAUCUCUUCAAGAAGGUCAUCUCCCCCGAUAUCUUCCUAGGCAUCGAUCGCAACCUAGAUAGCCACCUUGUCGCUCUGCAAGAAAAGAUCACAACCUUCCAUCGGGCGGGCGGGCGAGCUAAUCCCCGAGAUCGACAGCGCGUUAUUGAUGAGCAUGCCCGUAUCGUCACCCACGCCCUAAAGGACAAGAGGAUCGAGUUUUUCAAGAAGGAGAGCAUCGAGCGACAUGCUCACAUGAUGGCUAUCAUUAUGCAACCACUUCGAUCCAUAUCGGUGACGGACAAGGAUGCCAUUAAGCCGCUGCGAGUCAUGGUAUCAGCAACGUGGGAGGUCAGCGCCAAGGUGUGGGUGUCCGGCAUGACACUGCACUAUACAUUCCCCGAGUGCGCAUGCAAAUUUGCCGAAGGCACUAUGGAGCCGGUGAAUGCUCCAGCAUUGGGCCUUACCCCUUCCGAGUUGCAAAUGUCUCAGACUCGGGUCUCGUUUGUCGUUUCUCCGGUGCUGUCCGUCCGCGACGAACGUAACGAGAACGAGCUUGAAUACCACGGUAUCAAGAAGGCACAAGUUCUAGUUAUGAAAUAA